ACCGAUUGGUGAAGUAGCGUGCAGUGGAGCCGCUGUGAAAGGGCUUCCAGUCGGAUCAGAUGGUCUCUGCGUCGCAGGGGGUGGGGGGAAGAAUCUCUUUGUCAUCCUGUCAUUUGCGGCCAGCACUGCUCUGCGCACACAGGCUGCAUCUGCGAUCGGCGAUAAACGUGUGAGAACACGCCAUGUGAGUGUGUAAAGCAGCGGGCACCUCGCUCCAGCUCCUCCGCCAGCGUUCUGUUGACCGAUGCUACCCUCCUGUCUCGACCGUCGUGCUGGAUUGUUCCGUGUCUAACAAAGCCUGAUCUCAGUCUGCUGGCAGGCAGCUGCUCUCCAAACUCAGCGGCUUUGGGUUGAAUGGUGGUGCUCCAGGGGCUCAGCAAAUGCAGAAAAGGGAGCAAAGUUUCGGUAUACAAAUGCUCACCGUCCAGCCGGACACAAAGCCAAAAGGCUGUGCCGGCUGUAACCGGAAGAUCAAGGACCGCUACCUGCUGAAGGCACUUGAUAAAUAUUGGCAUGAAGACUGCCUCAAAUGUGCCUGCUGUGACUGCAGGCUGGGUGAGGUGGGCUCUACACUAUAUACCAAAGCUAACCUCAUCCUGUGCCGGAGAGACUACCUACGGUUGUUUGGCGUAACAGGAAACUGUGCAGCAUGCAGCAAGCUGAUUCCAGCCUUUGAGAUGGUGAUGAGGGCGAAAGAAAAUGUCUAUCACCUGGACUGCUUUGCAUGCCAGCUCUGCAAUCAAAGGUUUUGUGUGGGAGACAAAUUUUUCCUGAAGAACAACAUGAUCCUCUGCCAGACGGAUUAUGAGGAGGGCCUGAUGAAGGAAGGCUAUGCGCCACAGGUCCGCUGACAGUCCUAAUCAGAGAAAAAGGAAGUGCCGAAUGAAAGAAAGAGACUGAAGGAGAGCAUGAAAUCACACAACAAAAUGCACUAUUGCCUCCUAUCCAGAUUCUGUACCCAACAUGUACAUAAACUGCGACACACUACUGUACAGAAUGGCCAUAGAGACACUGUGGCAAAAAAAGUUGUAAAUUAACAUGUUUGUAUGUUUCAUUACUUCUCUCUGCUGGCUUUCUUUACCUGACAAACAAUAAAGUAACUUUGCCCUGAGAGUAA